AUGCAAAGUGCUUUCAUCUCUCAACAUUUAAUAACAGAUAACAUAAUCAUUGCUUACGAGUUAUUUCAUACUCUUAAAAGGAAAAACCAAGGUCGUACUGGGAUUAUGGCUUUAAAAACAGACAUGAGCAAGGCCUAUGACCAUAUUGAAUGGGAGUAUUUGAGGCUAAUCAUGUUGAAGAUGGGUUUUAUAGAGGAAUGGGUGUCAAAGCUUAUGAGAGUGGUCACUACAAUUUCAUACUAUUUUGUAAGGGGUAGUGAGGAAUUUGGUCCUUUAAUUCCUAGCCGAGGUUUAAGGCAAGGGGAUCCACUCUCCUCGUAUCUAUUUAUCAUUUAUAUGGAAGGGCAUUCUGCUAUCCUAUCUACAUUUGAAGCGCAGGAUAGAAUUCAUGAAGUAGCGAGAGGUGCAAUUCCUGUUUCUCAUCUUUGCUUUACUAACGACGCUUUAUUUUUUUCCAAGGCCAAGGAGUAUGAAGUUUCUCAACUGAAAAAUUUUUUGUCCCUUUAUGAAGCAGCUUCUAGGCAAUGUAUUAAUUUUUCUAAAUCAGUAGUUUGUUUCACUCCAAAUACUGAUAGUGCAACAAGGGCUCAAAUUUGUCAAUCCUUAGGCGUUCAGGAGGUGGUAAAUCAUGGCAACUGUUUGGGAAUUCCAUCUGUUAUUGGCAAAGAGAAAAGAUGGAUUUUUCAGUUUAUUAUUGAGAAGGCAGUUAAGCGACUAUAG